AUGGCGACAAAGAUAGGACCUCAGAGGACACGAAUCCUCUACAGUACUACAGAUGAUCCCGAUCCAACCUCAGGCAUAUCUGCUGUAAAAUUACCAAAGGAGCAUGAUGAACCAUGGGAUUACACCUGUACCAAUUAUCCUGUUAUUCUGCCACUGAGAAGGCCCUACUCUGGAGAUCCAGAUUUUCUUGAUGAAGAGGAGUGCGGACAGUCUUCUUCCAGCAGAGCCCAAGAUGGUAAAUUGACUGCAGCUGAAGAACUUGGUCUGAUGGAAAGGGUGCAUAAACCGCAGUUGCUCUUCUUCCAGUUUCCUGCUUCUCUUCCUUUACCAAGGCAGGGUGACCCAGUUGCUGAAACAGAGACAGACACAAAUGUGGAUGUUAAUGCAAAAUCCAAGGGAAACAACAGGAAGAGGAGACAUCAUUCCAUCCAUGGCUGUAAUAUGAAGGAGCUCCCUUGUGGCCUCAUGGGGAAGAUACUCGUGCAUAAGAGAAAGAGUGGUAAAGUGAAGAUGACUCUUGGUGAUGCACUAUUUGAUGUUUCAGCUGGCCCAAAUUGCUCAUUUGCUCAAGAGGUUGUAGCGAUUGACUCCAGGGAGAAGCACUGCUGCAGCCUAGGAGAGGUCGGAAAUCGUGCAAUUGUUACACCUGAUAUUGAUUCCUUGCUAUAUUCUAUUGAGAAGAUGGAGUAG